AUCUAGCUGCAAGAGCUAAGUGAUCUGGCAUUUGAAAGGAAGCUCUGAAUGUAACCAAGAUGUCUGUGAAAACGACAGCAGCCCUGCUCCUGCUACAGCUGAGUGGCUUCUUUGGAGCUGCCAACAGUGGGAAGGUGCUGGUGUGGCCAAUGGAGUUCAGCCAUUGGUUCAACUUAAGGACAAUCCUAGAUGAGCUUGUGAAGAAGGGUCAUGAGGUGACUGUUCUGAGACCAUCAGUUUUCUUUUCUUACGAGGUCGACAACACAUCUGCUAUUGAGUUUGAGACAUAUCCUUCAUCCUAUUCCGUGGAUGACGUAGAGGAACUUUUUGUGGAAGCCUUGGCCAAGAUCAUUUAUGAGCUGCCAAAGCAAUCAUUUUGGGCAUACUUUUUAAUGUUGCAAGAAAUGUAUUUGAAGGAAUCAGAUUAUUGUGAGAGUCUCUGCAGAGAUGUUGUUUUUAACAAGGAACUCAUGACAAAACUACAGAAAUCAAGCUUUGAUGUCAUUGUAGCAGACCCCUUCGUCCCCUGUGGUGACUUGCUGGCUGAGAUUCUCCAGAUGCCCUUUGUGUACAGUCUCCGCUUCUUUCCUGGCAAUACUUAUGAAAAGUACAGUGGAGGACUCCCGCUGCCUCCGUCCUAUGUGCCUGCUGCGCUCUCAGAACUGAGUGAUAGAAUGACAUUCAUAGAGAGAGUGGAGAGUGUCAUCUACAUGCUUUCUUUUGACUUUUGGUUCCAGACAUUUAAUGAGAAGAAGUGGAAUAAGCUUUACAGUGAAGUCUUAGGAAGACCCACAACACUCGCAGAGACUAUGGGGAAGGCAGAUAUAUGGCUCAUUCGAACCUAUUGGGAUUUGGAAUUUCCUCAUCCUGUCUUACCAAAUUUUGAUUAUGUUGGUGGACUCCACUGCAGACCUGCCAAGCCCCUGCCUAGGGAAAUAGAAGACUUCGUCCAGUCUUCCGGGGAACAUGGUGUUGUGGUGUUUUCCCUGGGGUCCAUGGUGGGUAACCUAACAGAAGAAAGGGCCAACGUGAUUGCAGCAGGCCUUGCCCAGAUUCCACAGAAGGUUCUUUGGAGAUUCGAAGGCAAGAAGCCAGACAUCUUGGGCUCUAACACACGUCUCUACAAAUGGAUCCCGCAGAAUGACCUUCUAGGUCAUCCAAAAACCAGAGCGUUUAUAACUCAUGGUGGCACCAAUGGCAUCUAUGAGGCGAUCUACCAUGGGGUUCCUGUGGUUGGCAUUCCUCUCUUUGGGGACCAGUAUGAUAAUAUUGUUCGUAUGAAGACCAAAGGAGCAGCGGUUAGACUGGACUUUCUCACAAUGUCCAGUACAGACUUGUUCACUGCACUGAAGACUGUCACUGAUGACCCUUCCUAUAAGGAAAAUGCCAUGCGGUUAUCCAGAAUUCACCACGACCAGCCUGUGAAGCCCCUGGACAGAGCCGUCUUCUGGAUUGAGUUUGUCAUGCGCCACAAAGGAGCCAAGCACCUUCGUGUGGCAGCCCAUGACCUCAGCUGGGUCCAGUACCACUCUCUGGAUGUGAUCGGGUUCCUGCUGGCCUGCGUGGUGACCGUAGUGUUCAUCAUCACAAAGUGCUGCCUCUUUGGUUGCCAGAAGGUUGCUAAAGCUGGAAGGAAGAAGAAAAGGCAGUAGCUCCACUGGGGAGGAAUGACAGAUGGACCACCUCUAGUGCAUUGCUUCAAGGGAGGCCAGGAUGGCAGGAUCCUUUAUCCUGUGACAACUUUUCCUCUCCUUGGCUCACUAAAUCACAGUAUCACUUUCAGAAUUGUAAUACUCAAUGAUAAGUUAGAAAUAUUUUUGGCCACAGUUCAAAAACCUAGAAAGCACUAAGGAUCAGACUAUAUUAGUGCUUCUUUUAAAACUUCUUCU